AUGGAUGAUGAGCUUGGAACUGAGGUUGAAAUAUCAAUAUCCUGCAGUCCAGCCCUUGAGGAUUGGAAGGAAAUAUGGCGAUCCGAAACAAUUCAAAAUAAUUUAAAUCCAAAUUUUUCACGGAAGCUAGUAUUACAGUAUCACUUUGAGGAGCAGAAGAAAUUAAAAUUCGCAGUCUACGAUGUUGAUGAUCCGAUUGAACCCCUAAGGCAUCAAGAUUUUUUGGGUUCUUGUGAUGCAACUCUAGGUGAAAUCGUAUCUGUUGGAGUAUUGGAAAAGAACUUGACUGGUGUACCCCAAGGUAACAAAGGAUCAAUUAUUCGUAAGAUUAAAAUACUAUUUAAUGGCUUUUCUGUAGUUGUUGCUGAGGAAACAGUCACUUGUAGUGAUGAAGUCACUUUUAGCAUAGGUGCCAAAAAUCUGGAUAAAAAGGAUAUAAUUGGGCUUUCUGACCCUUUUCUUGCUUUUUAUCGACUCCAUGAGAAUGGAAGUGCCACAGUUGUCCACCGAACGGAAGUAAUCAAAAAUACCCUCAAUCCCUCUUGGAGUACAAUGGUCCUACCAGUUCGCCUUCUUUGUAAUGGAGAUCUUAAUCGGUUCGUAAUAGUUUUAAAUAAAAUUAUUCAAACCCUUUAUAUUAUCACAAUCAACUCUUGA